AUGACACCGUAUUUCUGUUUUCAAUCUGCCACUGCUAUGUCAUCGUCAACGAGUUACGUUAUGUACCUCAUACUUCGUCGCGAUUUGAUGUCAUCCCUCGGAUGGCCUCUAGGGGCAGUGUGCACACAGGCGGCUCAUGCAGCAUCAGCAAUUAUGUGGUUGUACAAAAGUGACCCAAAUGUGUUGGAGUAUACGAAACAGCUAGAUUCUAUGCACAAAGUAGAUUCGGAAGAGGAGCUGAGAAGGAUAGAGGAACGGUUGAAAGGAAAAGAGGUGGAUCAUAAGGUAUGGAUCGAGGACGGUUAUCCAGUUUGCAUUGCGUUGAAACCUUAUCCGAAGGAUCAAGUGAAGAAUGUUCUGAAGGGAUUGAAACUUUUUUGA